AACCUGCUCUGCUCCUGAGCUCCUCCCUGUUAUGUAAGGCUGUCACAGCAACACCACCAGUCCGCAACGCAAUGGCGAUGCUGACGAGCGCCCUCCUCCACUGCCUCUCCGCCGCCGCCCUUCUUCUCGUGCCGCUCUCCACUGCGCAACCGCUUCCAUGGCAGCUCUGCAACAACACCGCCGGGAACUUCAGCGAGAACAGCACCUAUCAAGCCAACAUCCGUCUGCUCGAGAACACCCUCCCCAACAACGCCUCCUCCUCUCCUGCUCUCUUCGCUACCGGCGCUGCAGGCACGGCGCCGGACGUUGUCUACGCUCUCGCGCUCUGCCGCGGGGACACCAACGCCUCUUCCUGCGCGAGCUGCGUCAAGCGAGCGUUCCAGGACGCCCAGCAGCUGUGCGCGCUGAACAAGGGCGCCACCAUGUACGACGACCCCUGCAUCCUCCGCUACGCCGACCGGGACUUCCUGGCCAACACCACCGACAACAGGGGCGUGUUUAUCGCCUGGAGCUUCGACAACGUCAGCGCGUCGGCGGCUGCGGCGUUCGACGCCGCCUCCGGCCGUCUCGUCAACGCGACCGCUGACUACGCGGCGGCGGACCCAGCCAGGCGUUUCGGCACAGGGGAAGAGGCGUUCGGCGACAGCUAUCCCAUGAUUUACUCGCUGGCGCAGUGCACGCCGGACAUGACGGCGGCCGACUGCCGGACAUGCCUUGGCGACAUCAUCAGGAGGUUCACCCCCACGUAUUUCAGCAGCAAGCAUGGCGGCAGAGUAUUCGGAGUGCGCUGCAACUUCCGAUUCGAGACAUACCCUUUCUUCUUCGGUCGAGCGCUACUGCAACUUCCAGGGCCGCAGGGGCCACCGCCAGCGAGCAUCACGCCACCGGCUAGCGGCCAAGGAGGAACAAGAGAUAGAACAGGACGGAUCCUGGCCAUUACAUUGCCUUUAGCUGCUGCAGUACUAGCUGUCACAAUGAUAUGCUUUUGUUUCCGGAGUAGGAGAACACCAGCACAGAACCACUCAGGAAAACCAGAUUCUACUACUCCUGAUGACAUUGAAAGCAUCGAUUCACUCCUCCUUGACCUAUCAACGCUACGGGCAGCAACAGAUAACUUCGCUGAAAGCAAUAAGCUUGGCGAAGGAGGGUUCGGUGCGGUUUAUAAGGGAGUCCUUUCUGGAGGCCGUGAAAUAGCAGUGAAGAGGCUCUCACUUGGUUCCAGGCAAGGGGUAUCAGAGCUGAAAACUGAGCUGGUACUAGUUGCCAAGCUUCAACACAAGAACCUUGUGAGGCUCAUAGGGGUUUGCCUGGAACAGGACGAGAAGCUACUCGUGUAUGAAUACAUGCCAAACAGGAGCCUUGACACCGUUCUUUUCGAUUCUCAGAGAAGCAAAGAACUGGAAUGGGGGAAGAGGCUCAAGAUUGUAAAUGGAGUUGCCCGAGGCUUGCAAUAUCUCCACGAAGAAUCACAACUGAAGAUAGUUCAUCGAGACCUCAAACCAAGCAACGUACUGCUUGACAUUGCUUAUAACCCGAAGAUCUCAGACUUUGGCUUAGCAAAACUCUUCGACGUGGAUCAAUCCCAAGGUGUCACCAGUCACAUUGCUGGAACAUAUGGAUACAUGGCACCAGAGUACGCAAUGCACGGGCAGUAUUCAGUCAAGUCAGACGUCUUCAGUCUUGGUGUUCUGAUCUUGGAGAUGGUCACAGGGAGGAAAAACAGCAGCUUUGAUAACUCGGAGCAAUCUGUUGACCUCUUGAGUCUUGUCUGGGAACAUUGGACCACGGGAAAAAUUGAAGAGUUGCUCGAUCCAUUCUUGAGCCGCCGGGCUCCUCAAGAUGAGAUAUUGAAGCUUGUCAACGUUGGGCUUCUGUGUGUUCAGGACAGCCCUGCAGAUAGGCCGAUGAUGUCGUCUGUAAACAUCAUGCUUAGCAGCAACACGGUCUCGCUCCAGGCCCCGUCAAAGCCAACAUUUUGUGUUCAGGAGAUGGAAGAUCAAUCGCACUUCUAUUCUGAUGCGCAUCCUAGAGCAACGCAGUUCCAGUCCACAAGCAAGUCAAAGGCAACAAUGUCACCAAAUGAGAUGACGCUUACAGAGCUCGAACCAAGAUGAACAUGAGCCUUCCAAAUGCUGUCAUCAAAUAUUCCGUUGAUAAAUAAAUAAUGCUCCGCGGCCGGAAAAAUCGUACUCUGCGUGUUAGUGCAUUUCAAGUCUUACAUUGGAUUAGCAACCCUCUUGGAUUAUAUAUAUAUAUAAACAAGCCACCUCACGGCUAGCAUCAAGAAUCCAAUAGUUCUUAUAUCUUGUCUCUUCUUGGUUUGAAGUUGUACUUAUAUUUACUAUCACCAUCUUUGUUGACUGUUAGAAUAACUCAAAUCUAGGGCAUGUCAAACAUAUUUAUUUGUUGGGCUCUGAUAUACUAUUAUCUACUUCGAUCAA